GGCAGAGAGAGAGAGAGAGAGAGCCCAGCCCUUCAACACACGGCAACAACACCGAGAGGGAGGGAGAGAGAGGGAGAGACGCACCAGGAGAGCUGCUUUUUGGGGGAGAAGGGAGCUUCGACGCUGCGGAUAUGAACUGAGCAGAAGCCCUGGAAGAGGCUGGGACCGUGUUUCCUACAUCAUCUGACUGUGAAGCCCUCCUCUCUGCUCCUCCACCAGAGAGAGCUACACCCAAAAGAGCACCGACCGAACCCCCUCCUGCUCCUGCUGCUCCACCCCUCCGCCGCUGCACCGAGAUGCACACAGAGACCCGAAACAAGAAAUGCCAGUCGACUCCUAAGCAGAAGAAGAGUGCGGUCGGCGCCCAGAAGAAGCUGAGGAGCUCGACCAAGAGGAGCACCCCGACCCAACCGCCGCCGCCGCCGUCGUCAUCGCCGCCGGCAGCCCGGGAAGAGGAGGAGGAGAAGGAGGAGGAGGAGGAGGAGCCGGUGACCAGGCCUCGGCCGUCGCCGCAGGAGGAGGUAGAGGAGGAAGAGGAGGAGCGAGAGGAAGUGGCGACACAGUCUGUGAAGAAGAAGGAGGAAGAGGAGGAGGAAGAGGAGGGCGGGACAGCCAUGCCUUCUGUACAGAUCAAACCAGAGCCGGAGGAGAUGGAGUGCACGCGGGCCGAUGUCGCUGACGACUGCUCGCAGCCGACAGACCUGAAGGUGAAGACGGAGCCGGCCUGUAAGACGGAGCCGUCCUCUCCGGAGCCACGCCCCGCCGAGGACCAGACCGAACCCGUCGACCUGUCGCUCAACAAGCCCCGCCCCUCAUCGCUGCCCGCUUCCACAAUGGGCAUCACGGUCAACCCUGCACCCAGCGGGAUCAUGACCCAAACGGGUCUGUCGAUCACACCGAUGACCUCGGCCAUGCAGUCGAUAGGCUCCAUGGUCCUCUCCCCAGGCUCCAUCUUGGCCACUCAGGGCGCCGGCGGCCAGCAGAUCCUCCACGUCAUCCACACCAUCCCCUCCGUCAGCAUGCCCAGCAAGGUGGGCCAGCUCCAGACCAUCCCCGUGGUGGUGCAGUCGCUGCCCGUCGUCUACACCACCAUGAGCACUGACGGCGUCGCCACGGCAGCCAUCACGGUGCCGCUCAUCGGCAGCGACGGGCGCUCAGAAGGAUCUGUUCGCAUCAAACCCGGUUCUACGUCUCCGGUUGAGUACCAGAGUGACAGCGACGCAGAGAGCGGCACAGAGUCCGGAUCGGCCUCGCUGAGCGCCCAGAGCCUCGACGCCGGGUCGGUCCUGGACCUGGAGCCCGUGGAUCCAGACUCUCCAGACAUCAAGAGGAGGCGGAUCCACAUGUGUGACUACGAAGGCUGUAAAAAAGUUUACACCAAGAGUUCCCACCUCAAAGCCCACAGGAGGAUACACACAGGAGAGAAACCCUACCACUGCACCUGGGAGGGCUGCACCUGGCGCUUCGCCCGCUCCGACGAGCUGACCCGGCAUUUCCGCAAGCACACGGGAAUCAAACCUUUCCGCUGCACUGAGUGCGACCGCUCCUUCUCCCGGUCCGACCACCUGUCCCUGCACCGCCGCCGCCACGUCAUGAUGUGAACUCUUACCUCCCCCACCCCCACCUCCCCCAUCAACCUCCCUACAUACCAACCUCUUACCCGUUGAAAUCCCUCACAGAACGUCUUGUACCAGUGCCUCCCCCCUCCUCCCCCAUCAACCUCACCUCUGCAGCAGUUAAAAAAAGACACAGUACCUCCUCCUCCUCCUCCUCCUCCUCCUCCUCUUCAUCUUCAUCCUGAAAUCACAGGAAUAUCAGGAAUGUGUCUGUGGAUUUGUGUGUGUGUGGAGUAGAGGUUUGGGGAUUUUGUGUGUGUUUGGACACAUCAUCAUCAUCAUCAUCAUCAUCAUCAUCAUCAUCAUCAUCAUCACCGUCCACCCUCCCUCCCUUGACUCAAGACGUCUCCUCCCCAUUCAGAAAAGGACGGACUGAAGCUCAUCCAUCCAUCCAUCACAUGCAUCCAUCCAAAGGAGAGGAGGAAGAAGAGGAAGAGGAGGAGCAACGUAUGUGUUUUGUUUUUGAACUAAAAAACAGAAGAGGAAUCUUCAGCAGGAUGUCACUUCAGCUGCCCAAACCUCACUCUGCACAUAUCCAGAGAUUCAAGUCUUAUUUUAUGGACUUUCUGGAAGCAAAGGUGACUCAAAAAAAGCCUCAAAUAGCCCCAUCUCCCCACAAGAACGUUCUCCAAGAACUUUGCCUUUCUCUAGAACCAUUUUCACUUGAGAAACGGUGGCGAAAUUACUGAUCAAAAUCUGAAGCUAUCUGAUCAAAAGGUAAAUAAAACAACAACGACGGUGCUAUGGACACGUUUCAGUCGGUACCGACAGAAAAAAAAAAAGUAUUCAAAUUCAAGUCCAAGCUUUAUAACUUGACCCAGAGAACUUGCUCUCCAUGUGUGUGUAGCAGUGAUGAGGAACAUCACAGUCCACCAACAUAGAUCAGAACAAUCACUCUGGUUUCACUUCAUCACUUGCAAAAUAUAUAUGAAAGAGUCUAAAAACAUCCUCCAUGCAGAACUCUUUUUGCAUGGAGGUUCCUGGUUCUGUUUUAUAAAAAGCGUUUAAAACAACGGAAGUCAAGUUAGAUCUGAAUUUGUAAUCACAGCCUCUGGAUACAUUUCUUUAAAGUGAAGGUGUGUGUGCAUGUGGUGAGUUAUUCACAGCAGCUGAAGUGAAACUGAUAUCCCCCCCCCCCCCCCCUCCUGGUACAGGGAGCUACAAGACUGUGAACUUUAUAAAGAUUAGUUUUGUUUUCAUUGUAUCAAUCAAGUUAUUGUGGUUUGCGUGCCCCCCCCCUCCUGAUUGCUCUUCAAUAACAGUAUUUGCUUUGUUUGCGUCGUUUUAUUGAAAUACGGCCUUCAGACUUUUUUUUCUUCCCUCCUUGGCCAGGUGUGGCUCUCUUUAACAUGAUGACGUCCUUUAAAGACAAAAUCCUUACGUUGUGUUCUGGGAAGAGACAGAGGACACAAACAGAUUGAGAUUACAAGUAAAAAAACAAAAAACUCCCAUGCAGGGAAUAGGGGAGCUUUUCUGAGUGUGUGUUGUUCCGUAUGUGUGUGUUUAGAGACAAAUAAUCAGAAUUUAAGAUUUUUAUGAGUGUGUGUUCCGGGCACUUGUAGUUCUUUUACCUCUUGCCCGUCGAGCCUUAAUAACUGAAGUCCACCUGUAAGGGCCGAACCAGAACCACCGACCGGCCGAAGGCGUUUGUUCAGACGCAGUUUGUCCUCCAGUACCUCGUCUCUGCAGCGCUGGCUUGUUUUCUUGCAUCGCUCUCUGUAGAAAGGACGUACCAUUAAUUGAAAGCUUGCAUUUUUUAGUGUUUCCAAACCAAACCAGGAAAUUAAAAAGGUGCAACAUGUUGGCAUAAUUUAAUUUGGAGACAAAACCGCCGUCGAAAUCUGCUAUGUUGCUCUAUUUGGACACAGAAACAUGAAGAGGGCACUCUGGAGUUUGCAGAUUUAAAGCUUUAAGUCUGUUUGACAAUAGCAGAAGAGAAAGGAUCAUAAAAGUAAAAGCAUAUUUGGUCUUAAUAUUGAGAAGUCGUAGCAGCGAUUGUGUCAUUUCACACAAAUAUUCAGCCUGCCUUCAGCCGUCAUGCUUAAAAAAAACAGCCAGCUAUGUAAAAACGAGUAUUUGCAACCAGACCGUGGAACCAACAUGGCCGCCCGUCGGUGGUUCUGGGAGAAACCAGGCACUGUGUGUGUGUGUGUGUGUGUGUGUGUCGGGCCGUCGUGGUCCGGAGUGCCUGCGAUGUUUAAACCACGGGGGAACUUUCCGCGCUCUCCUCUCGAGCGGCUCCACUCUCUCCCAACUGAGCUCAUGUUUCAGGACUGAAUCUAACGCCUCAACUAACUAACUCCCUAUAAAGUUGUAACAGUUGUUUUGCUGACGACACUCCCCUUCUAAUAUCUAGCCGGUGCUGAAGGGUGCGUUCAGUUGGAUCAGAGUGGAGCCCCUCCUCCUCCUCCCGGACCUCCAUCCCACACAUGUCCACGUCUUCAGUGGGCGGGGUUUUUCUUUCUGCAGCUCCUCUUCUGGGCUGAACUUGAUUAUGCAACAUAACGCAGACCUCGCUCUCCUGAACUCAGAAGUGGAGCUCUAGCUGCUCGUUGCACUGCUGACAAAGAGCCUCAGAGAUCAGCGUGGCGUUGUGACUGUGGGCCUCAAACUGAUCACAAUCCUGAUACCUUUACAAACUAAACGUUUGUUUGGAGUCUCCGCUGUUGUCGUCAUUUCAAAAGCUAGUUAGCGAGAGCAACAUUCACGGUAUCCAGGCUGAGAUGGAGGUUCUGGGUGCAUGGCAUGAGCUUUAUCUCUGUACGCUGCAAAGAAAACAGCCUGCAAAAGUCACUGAAUCUGGUUUUGGAUUUUUAUAUUAAAAAAGCAAAACAUUUCUGAGAGUCUGAGCUAAAUUCAGUGAUUGUUUGGAGGGAUUUAGUUGUUUUUUUUGCAGUGCAGAGAAAAGCAAAAGUCCCCGUUUCUCUAAACAUCCCCCCCCCGCUUCAACUAAAAACAACAAAAAAAACAUCGUUACUAAGCACAUCUUUCUAGAAGAGUAUAUGCAUUUGAUUGCAAUUUUCUUUCUUUUGUAAACUGUUGAUAAAGACAUUAAGGACAAUGACAAAUAAUUAAGAUAAAUCCAUGUACAUAAAUGUAUAUAAUCAAAAAGUGCAGAGUAAAUGUAACGGGUGAAUUUCUAUUUUUAACACUGACUAGAUAAUGUGAAAAAAUCUUUCUUUCUUUCUUCUUCUUCUUCUUAUUCCUCUGUUUGGUUUGAUGUUCCAUCAUGUGUUGUUUCUUUUCAAAUCUAAUAAGACAUUUGUUUUCGUAGUUUCUUAAAAAAAAAAAAAGAAAAGAAGAAUCGGUCCCACUUGUGUUGUGCACAUUGUUGCAUGGAGAGUAGCCUUCUUGUUUUCUACUAGUGACGUUGGUGAGCAUGUCAGUGUGUUUGAGACUGUGGGGUUCCAGAACAUUGAUGACCUGAAGGGGGAAAAAACACAUUGAUAAUUAAUAAUUAAUGACCCAUUUAUUAUUAAAACAGAGCUUCAUGUUUCUGCACUGGACUUUAUUUAAAAUAUAAUUAAAGAAAGGUAGUUACACUCAAGCUUCAGGUCAGAAAAAAUAUAUAUGUUUGUGGUUAUUUUGGAUUUGAUUGCCGGUUUUACACAUUUACAUAUCCGACCUGUGAAUAGAGUGCUGCAGGAAAGAGUCCUCAAACCAGGAAAUGAGUCAACAUUUUUAUAUUUAACUUUCACUUUUUUUUUUCUUGUUAGAUGUCUGAAAUAAAGUCUGUGUUUAACACAAGCUGAAGAGAUUUUAAGGUUUAUUUCUACAAUAUUAAAUAUGUCAGUAAACACCCCUUAUGGUGAAUUUAGAAGCUUUUGAGUGUCUUUAAAAAGUGUCUAAAUGAGACGACCCACCAGUCCUCCUUUAGCUUAGUGGUGUAGACGUGAAGUCAUGUGACCGUGGUGGAGUUAUCAUCCAAAAUGCAGUGAAAGAAUUUUAUUGAAAUUUGAACUUCCUGUUGGACUACAAAAAUACAUCAUCCCUGCAGCGCUCUAUUGAAAGAAACAGGAAACAACCCACCAUAGUCGCCUACAGAAACCCAUGUUUAUGAAUCUUCUCCCAUUUGAUAAUCAGACAUUGAAGGAAGUAAAAGUUUGACACAGAAUGUUAAAACAUGUUUGCAUUGAAUUAUAAGGACCCCUUAACUUACCCCACGUAGCACAUGUUUGGGUCAUUAUGAACCUGUUAUUGAUAAUCGCUUUACAAGCACACUGAUCAGCUCUGGUGAACCUUUAUAGCAGCAAAAAAGUUCUGUAUUUUCUACACAGAGACACUGAGUUGUUCCUCCUCAGACGACGUGUGGCGUCUCUCUGCUGCUGCAGGAGGCCGAUGCAUGUGUUUGUGUUUUUUCCUGCUUCCUGUUUUUUUGUUUUUAUUGUUUUUUUUUGCAGUUUGUGCAAAGCUUGUUUUCCCUCGGUAUUCUUCUAAAUAUUCUGUUCGUGUGUAACGCAGGAAUGUUGAUCUGCGAACAGACAGUGAAACAUUUAAUCCCCACGGAGAGCUCGGCGGGGUCAGAGGUCACGUCACUGACCGAGUCCGUCUGUGUGCGAGUGCCUCGACUCACCUCUGCAAAACCGAAACUUUAGGUAUUUUCUAUUGAAUGCAGUAACUUAUGGGCCAGUACUAUAUUUACUCAGUGCAAUGCAGUUAUCAUUAUAAUAAUACGAUUAUUAAUAAUAUUUGUUUUCUUUUUUUUUGUAUUUGUACAGAACAAAUGUGUAAAGAUCAGUGAGGAAAACGUGAGCUUUUUGAUACUGUGACUCAUAGUGUUUAAAAGUCAGUUUCUCCCUGUACAGUUGUGAUUAUUUGCCCCUCCUCCUUCUUCUUUUAUAGAAUAAAACAUGUUUUUG